AUGAAACCGAGGACGAUUGGGAACGGCGACACCGGCUGGGGUUUUCUGAGGGAGCAGCUGUUCUACAACGAUCGUAGUGACACGCCGCCGGUGCAGAUGGCACUCUACAAACGUUAUUGUCAACCCCUGCGGAUGAAUCGACGUCGGCGAACUUCUGUUCGUUUGCUCAGCACUGACGCCGUCUUGCCACUACUCUCAUUUCAUAUUCACCUUUGCAACAGUUCUGAAGUCGAACCUCAGUUCUUGCCGUCAGCCUCAAAACAAACACUUUUGCUCGUCGAUUUUAUUCAGCAAUGA